AUGCCGCAGAAUCUGAGAUCCUUCAUUAUCGCGCAGGUGACUCGCGGAGGGCGAUCGGUUUUGUCUCGCCGCAGUUUCUCUUCAUCCCGUAGAAGCAAUGGGGCAUCAACUGAAGAGCUGGAGGAAUCAUUGAAGGUAUUACGCACCAUCUCCUUACUUCGUAUUACAGGAUACCCUCUGGGAUGCUACGCAGGUAUGGAUGAAGAGGGUGAAGGAAUCUUUUUAUUCCCUUGA